AUGGUUUCUUUCCGAAAGCUCUUCGUGUCGGCUGCAGCCCUCGCUGUCCCCGUAUCUGCUUUCCUGACUCCAGCUCAAAUUGUCAGCACCAUCAAUGUCAUUACGACUAAAAGCCAAGCACUCCAGGUUCCAGCGCAAAGUAUCACUCUUCUCAACGCUCCCUUGAUCGUUGUCGGACUUGGACCUUUGCCGCAAAUCAUUUUUGGCUUUACAGACAUCGUGGUUACGGCUACAGGCGCAAUCGCGCAGCUGCCCGGCACACCUACUGUUUUGCCUGGAGCACCGAGUGAUGCCAUCUUUGAUGCUUUUCGAGAGUUCGUCCGUGUCCACCAGGUCCUCUUAAACAUUCUUAUUGGCAAAGCCGGAUUGUUCAACGCUGUGCCAUUCAUUGGUGCACCUGUUUCUGCCGCACUUCGCCAGAUCGAGAAAGUUGUUGACGCGAUUGCAUUUGGCCUCAUUAAUUUAGUGCAGUCACGCGCUUCAGAUCUGCAGGCGCAAGCCACGUCCCUAAAGGUGACUAUUGAUGUUGCUGUUGAUUCGUACGACGGAAUUUCUCUUGCUAAGCGCGAAAUGUCUCGUCCUCUUAGAUAUGCCCGUCGCGAGGGAUCUACCCCGGUUGCUGUUGCGGCCUGA